ACCACUGUCUGCUCUAUCGCCCAUCCCCUCUCGGUUAGCCAAACGGAGCAGCUGGAACUGUUGUUCAUGAAUCCAGAACGCAAGUUUAAGCAAUCCUUUAAAAGGAAAAACCCUUGGGUUCGAGAAUGUCUCUGGGACCAUGGGGAAUUCAAUCCAGAAUAUUACACGCCGGAUGUUAUGCAUUACAUAAGAAACCUUUCUCAAAAGUUACCAAAGUUCAAAGCAGAUGUUCAUAAUGCCUAUCUGGAUGUAAAUACAAAGAAAGCUGCUCUCAAGGCUUCUUCUUCUGUUGUUGCUCUUUUAUCUUAUACUACUGGGGACCAAGAGUUUAAUCAAUGUUCUGGUGUUAUCAUUGAAAAUGAUGCCAAUAAUGCUCAUAUUGUUUUGACAUCCGCCAAUCUCAUUCGGCGUCCUACUAAAGAUAAUUUGUCUGAUGAGGAAGAUGUCAUGGAAGAUAAUUUGUCUGAUGAACAAGAUUUCAUGGAAGAUAGUUUGGCUGAUAAUCUUAAGGUUAAGAUAUUCCUGUAUGACGGUCGAUCAUACGAGGGACAAGUACGUGCCUAUGAUUUCCACUUUAAUAUUGCUUGGAUACAGUUUCAGUCUGAUAGAUCCCUUCCUACUGCGAUAUUAAGACAAGUGGACGAUUACAUCAAUGUUAAUCCAGCUGUGGCUAAGCUAUUUCGUCAUCAUCGUAGACAUUCUAGCCGUUUUAACCUUGUUCCUGGUCAUCCAAUAGUUGCCGUGGGCCGUUAUUUUGCCAAACCAUUUGAUCUCAUGGCUGCUCCCGGUCAAUUCACUCUUGGUCGCUGCGAUUUUGACUGUAAGGAGCUCUUCAUGGGGACUUGCAAGACCACAAGUUCUGGCGAGGGUGGCGCACUUAUAAAUCUUUCAGGAGAAGUAAUUGGUAUUAUAUUUUAUUACGAAUUUGGCUUUACUACCCCAUUUUUGCCUAUAAACAUAGCUCACAAAUGCUGGGAGCAUUACAAAAGAUACGGGGGACUCCGCCAACCUUCUUUGGGAGUUGUGGCUACAAGUUUUUAUGCAGCUGACGUAUUUCUCAUGGAGAAGGUUAUUCAAAAGUUUCUGAAUCUUUGCGGUGGGGUUCUUGUUGAGAAGGUAAUCAAAGGUUCUUGUGCUGAUUCUGCUGGGCUACAUUUGAAUGAUGUAAUAGUUCAGUGUUGUGGAGAAACAGUUCACAGUUUCUUGCAGUUUUUGGAGAUAGUGUGGGAUAAGAAGGUUGGAGAUGUGUUACAACUGUCUGUGGCCCGAGCAUCUCAAAGUCAAAAUGAUCCCGUACAUGUCAAUAUGGUGGUUGAUGAAGUUGCUGUCGAAAAUUUUAAUCGUUGGCCGAAGAAGUACUGAAGCUGGUGAGGUUCGGGCAGCAGCAGUUUUGUGUAUGCUCACUUUUGCUUUAAUAGUUGGGCUUUCAAGCUGAAGAGUUCGAAGUGCAUACUGACUUAACUUUAACCCUACAGUUUUAUUUAUUUAUUUAUUUUGCUUUAAUAGUUGGGCUUUCAAGCUGAAGAGUUUGAAGUGCAUACUGGCUUCAACACUACAAAUUUAUAUUUAUUCGCCCGUUUAUUUAUAUCUGUAUGAAAUACGUUCAUUUAUCACUGCCAAUAUCUUGACAUUAUUAGAAGUGAUGAUAUGGGCUGAAAUUAACUCUUUGAUGAAUUUAGAAUUUUGGAAUUCUUAUGCCAUUCUCAUUA